UACCAGUGUCUGUCACUCCAAAAAUUCCUGGGCAGCAACACUUCACGGCUCCCCAACCACCACAACGGCGGCGCAAUAACGGCAACGGGAAGGAGAAAACGCCACGAGGAGGAAAAAAAAUUCAGGAUCCGACGGAACCUCCCAAGAACGAAUGCUCUGAAAUUGACGUAGCGAGCAAGCCAUGGGGAGGAUUCUAGAAUCCCCGAGAAUCCUAUCAGGGGAGAGUUAAAAUUUGAAAAACAGUGUGCUAGAAAGUAUAUAGUAGUUUAAUCUGUAAUGGAUGUAAAGGCUCUGGCUAAGUCAAAGAGGGCUCAUACUCAACACCAUAGCAAAAAGCCGCACGGCCUUCAUACAAAUCAAAAACCAAAAGCCCCGUCUGAUGGGAGUAACGUUGCUGGAAAUGCAAAGAAGCCAUUGGGAAAGCAAGUUACAGAGAAAACCCAUCGGUCUCAGGGUGCGUCUAAACUCCCCUCAAAUUGGGACCGCUAUGAGGAAGAAUUUGAAGAUCCAUCAGCCAGUGAUGGCGCAGGUCAACCUUCUGAUGUUAUUUUGCCCAAGAGUAAAGGAGCAGACUAUCGUCACCUGAUUGCUGAGGCUCAGUCUCAGUCUCAGUCAAGUUUAUAUUUGGAUGGCUUUCCUUCUUUGGAUGAUGUUAUGCCCGGAGAAUUCAACCAGGGACUAGGCCCUAUGCUGUCUGUUAGGGGAGAGGGCAUUCUUUCGUGGAUUGGAGAUAAUAAUUUUGUUGUAGAAGACAAGAUAGCUGCAACUCAUGAGGCAUCAUUUCUCUCCCUGAAUUUGCACGCACUUGCUGAGAAACUUGCAAAUAUAGACUUAUCACAGAGGCUCUUCAUCGAAGCAGAUCUAUUACCAUCAGAGCUGUGCGCAGAGGGAUUAAAGACAAGCAGAUCUCAGGAAUCUGACCAGAUAAAAACAUGUAAUAGUGAAGUAGCCAGAACAAUAUCUGAAGAAUUUUCUGAGAAGGUUGAGAUUGCAAAUCAAAAUACGGAGUGUACAUCAUAUGGAUCUGCUGGCAGCAAUGAUGCAGAUCGAACCUUGUCUAGCCAAGAGUCAAUUUCAGUGAAUGCCGUAAAUGUUGAUUUGAGGCAAAUAGGCAAAUCUAGUCAAAUUGAAGCCCCACAGUCAACAGAAGAAUCCAAUUUUGAGGCAGCCGCUGCAGAAGAGGAAUUGAAUAUGCUUCUAGACUCUUAUAAUGAGACCACGAAGAUCGCUAAUCCCUCUGGCAUCAGGUCCAAUAAUGCCUUUCCUGUUUUCCAACAAGAAGCUUCUCCAUCUCCAUCCCCGCUUUCAAAGUAUGUCCCAGAUUCAUCUAAAACUUCACCCAUCAUUGCUGAUCUGGAUGACGCUCUUGACGACUUGCUUGAGGAAACAUCCAAUGUGACAAACAAAAAUUGUUUAUCCGAGUCUGUCGAAGGAAAGUCUGUCCUCGGUAUUGUUCAAUCUUCUUCCUCGUAUACGGGAACCAAGUCCCAGGUGUUAGAUGACUUUGACUCAUGGUUAGAUACAAUUUGAUUGGUUUUUUAGCUCAAAAUUCAUGUAACCUAAGUUCUUGUAUUGAACUUUUGUUCUAGGUUAGCUCUCCCCCUACCUUCAAAUUAAAAUUCUGUUGAGGGGUAAACGGCCACUAUACCUGCUGCACUUGUAUGGUGGUUCUGGUGGUGAAAGUUUCAAACCAUGAUACACUAGGAAAUUAACGACAUUAUACCUUGUUAUACAAGUUAUUCUCUGAUUAUAAGCAUGAACUCUGGUAGUUAAUUUAUUGUUGCUUGAUAA